AUGACAACCAACAUGGUAGACAUCAUAAAGUGCGGAUUAUAUGGUUCAUAAUGCCAUUUAGCACACAACGUAGACUGGAAUUAGCUCAAGAGAUGCAACUCUAUAGAAAGUAAGCAAUCAAUGAUCAGGCAAUAAUGGGCUUACAAGAAGUGAAACUGCCUCCUGACCUACCAAACUGGUCCUUAGUUAAAACUUUGUUGCAAGAAUUGCAGACCAGGUUAAAUAGUCAAAAUAUUACUGAUCAGGAGACAGGAUGGUAUAUGCAAACAAUCUACACCACCAUUCAGUCAGACCAACCCGUCAGUGCCUCAUGCUCGAAUCCAAUCAGUCGGUUGGUACAGUCCGUGUACAGCUCCUUCCAUUCCAGGUCGCCUGCCCCUUCCCCGCUCAGCAGGCUUAAGUCUCAGAUACAGUCCAACGUCAAGAAAAAACUGGAUCCAGAGUGUGUCUGGUACGGCAUGAUGAAGUACAUGAAGAGUGUCUCUAAGAAUGAGAGGGAACAUUUCCUGUACCUUCUACUGCCUGGAAUAAUUCACCUCGCUCUGGAGAUUGAAGAAAACAGACCCCCGGGAGGGUUGUACCUCAGCAGAAAACAGAAUAGUGGCAGCACUGCAGUGUCAAGGCAGUUUGUGUGUUCUAUUGUCGCCGGAUUUUUUUUGUGCCUGUUUCCGGAGAGAAAGAGGGAGACAAGCCCCACCUUCAACAUCAUCAACUUCACCACAUUCUUCCGGCACCUUCAAUUACCAUCGCAAGUGUCCAAACUUCGUUGUUUACUUCAUUACUUUGAAUGCAUCAUCGAAAGGGGACUGCGGGUUCAGGGCAGUAUUGUUGUCACUAGAAAGUCCAUCAAGUCGGAGUGGAUGUUGGAUUUUGACCAGCUCACCGAGUGCGAUGUCAACCUAUGCCCCUUGACCUUGCUGACAGAAGGGAACAUAGAAGACAGUGCUCCACAUGCAAUACAGGUAGACUUUGCUAACCAGUCUCUAGGGGGUGGAGUACUUGGAAAAGGGAGAGUCCAGGAGGAAAUCAAGUUUUGUGUCUGUCCGGAGCUUUUGUCUGUGUUGCUGUUUAUGGAAAGUAUGGAUGCUAAUGAAGCCAUAUCAGUCUCAGGGUUUGAGCAGUUUUCCUGUUAUAGGGGCUACGCUGAUUCCUUUGAGUUUGCUGGACACUACAACGGCCAGAUGUCAAAAAAGAGGCUUAGGAUGGUGGCCAUUGAUGCCAUGUCCUACAGAGAAUUUCAUCCGAUGAAGCAAUAUGAGGAGACGUAUGUCAUGAGGGACCUGAACAAAGCUUUGAUUGGUUUCUGUAGAGUCACUGGGAGUGAGGACAGCUUGUUGGUUGAGGAAGUGGAAACAAAAUCGGAAAUUGAUACAGAAGUGGUGGCACCAUCAUUAGAUGCUAAUGAGCAGAUAUCAGAGAAUGUGGAAAUCUCCAGAGAAUGUAAAGAUCUCUCAGUGGAAAGUCUGGCAGAGGAUUUUCAUUCCCAGUCAAGUAUCGACCAAUCCCCAGACUCCACAGACUCUAUAGACUACUGCCCUCUGGUGGACAGUGGUGGCUCUGCAGCUGCUGACCACUCCCAGACUUUCCGAUCUCAGCCUCCAGCAUUUAUCUCAGGGAUCAUUCACGGAAACGUCUCAUGCCUUCGCGUCUCCCCACUGUCCAUAUUGUCCAGUGUUUCCCACAUUGUCCCACAGCAGCCAGUGUCUUUAAACCACUCUGCUGACUCAUCUAACAUUUUGCAGCCCGCUAUUCAUUCCAGUGAUUCACAAACUGUUCCUGUUGUUAAUGGUCCUGAUGCUGAGCCGUCUGGACCCCAUGAACAAGUCUCCGAUGCAAGCCAAGUGCACUAUUUGUCAGAACCUUAUGGCACCCUUGUCUCAAAAACAUCUCCUGCUAGCUGUUCGUCUCAAAAUAGCUGUGGCUCCAGUUUGAAUGACUUAACUGCUGUUGGCCCAACACCCAGACUUUCAAGUGCCUUGGCCAAACCAUCUGUGUUGUCAUCUGAUACUUCAUCUUAUCCUCUCAAUGAAUCUGGACUUCAAAGUCUAGAACAAACUGCAAUAAGUCAUUCACAUUCAUUUUCGGAAUCAGCAGAUAGAUUACAUAAAUGGGAGUUCGAUAUAUUAGGCAACUUGACAAAAGUUUUUUCUGCUAAAGUGGUGCGUAUUAGUCUUUCAGAAGGCUUAUCAUCUAGUGUAGAUGGCUCUAGUUUUACAAUGUAUGAUCUGAAUCUGGGACCUGUUAAGACAUUAGAAAGUGGACAAAAUAUGGCUUCAGCCAAUCAGCCUGCUAGUUUGUCAGCCUUGGAUGAGAAAAGAGAUGAAUCAUUGACUUGUACUUAUGGUGAGAAAGGUUUGCUUGAAAGCAGCAUAUAUUCAGAUAAAAUGUGUUCAUCUCUUGAAGCUAAUGUCGAUUCCCACCUGGUGGAAACUGAUUCUUUAGGAAAAGAACAGAAUGAGCUAUACAUCAGUGUAGAAGAUAAUGAUUUCCAGUACAACUUACCUGAGGAUGCCGGAAUCGUCGGCUUUGAUUCCACUCAUUUAGAGCCCACCUCGUCGAUCUCACCCCACUCGUCUGCCUCGUCUGCCAACAUCUCCCCACUUUCGUCUUUCACCCUGCCCAGUGCAUGUUACCCAGAACCCCUCAAUGGCUCUCACGACGUUCACAUGUCAGCAGAUUUUUUCAUCCCUGGCCUUGGAGAUGUCCAGGAGCAACACCACAGGGACUCCAAAGAGUUGCAGGCUGAGCUCCGGGAGUUUCUCAGCUCUUACAGUUCUGGGUCUCGAAGUUCUGGGUCCGGGCCCUAUUCCAGCAACAACUCUACCUGGGGUUCCAGGUCUGGCUCCAUUUCGUCCCAUGGCACCAAUGGAUCCAGUAAUGAUUUCAUUGAGUUUUGGAAUCAUUUCCGUCGCAGGAGCUCACAGCUGAGUGAUAACACUUCCAGACGUUCUAGUUCCAGUAAACAUAGUUCUGACUUCAGCACAGAUCUCGAAGAAAUAUCGGAAAGUUUCCAGAAACACGACCAUGGCGUCAUUGAGGAAGAGGGUGGAGUCGUGACCUUGCUGACCGAUUGUGCCGCACAAAUUGUCUCCACGACUAUGAAGAGUGCUGUUAGUGGCCCUGAAUGUCAAGAUGAGGCUUGUGUCCAAGACCUAGCUAGCAAAACUGAGACGGUCAGUUCUGCCGUCUCGCGAACUGGUAAGCCUAGACGAACGUUUACAAGGGCCGGAACUUUGGUGAGGCAAGAGAAAGUUACUCAGGAGCAAGAAGACAUGUGCUCUGUGGAGUCAAAGGUCACAGAGUCCUCGAGCUCUGAAGGGCCUAAUGAAGAAAAGAGAAUAGAUUCAAGUUUUGGUGGUAUGCAGCACACUUUAACUCCCCCCAAACCAGCAGCGUAUACAUCUUUUAUAUCAGCUCCAUCUUCCAUUUCUUCGCCAUUGCAGAGCAUAGAUUCAGGAUUCAUAUCAGUCCAGGCUAUGGCAUCAGCUUCAAAGGAAUCAGACUCUGUCCCAUCCGGAAUCAGCACAGCUCUGUCAACUGAGUUGCCACCUGAAAGUAUUGGCUCACAGUCAAUGGGUCAGAGCAUGGAAUCGACUGCGCCAGUUGGUGACCUUUCCCAAACACAGGAAAAAUGGUCUCAGGAUCUGAGUGCUGUAGCUUCUGUUCAAUGUCUAACAGAAGGGAGAGCUUCAUCCACUUUGCCAAAGUUUCACCCAUCCAAAAGUGCAUUUGGUCCCGACAAAACCAGAAGCAGACAUGCAGUCAAAACAGAUGACCCUAUACACAGCACCUUGCAGCUCACUCAAACUGAAUCUCAGAGCCUGGUUGACGCUGCCGACAUGAAAGCUUUGAAGGAAAAAUCACCAGUGAAGUCAAGGUCAAGUAGAGUGCCAGAAAAGUUGGCAAAGACGACCUGUCCUAAACCCGGUAAAGAAACAAAACAUUCCGCUUCACGGGAAGCCGCAGCUGCGUCUGUGUCCCCUAGUUCAACCGACUCGGUGUCCCAUAUGUCCAGUGGAGCAAGUGGACCUUCCAGGUCAUCAGGGAUACCCAAGAUAAAGAGCUCACCCAAAAAAUCUGGCCACUCUGACAAGCACAUCGUAUUGCAUCCUUCGCAUGCUAAGAGCAAGAUGCCGGAAAAGCUUGAAGCCGCGUCGGUUGAAAAAGAACGAGCGAAGGUUCAGAAAAAUAAAAGAUCCAUCAUUAAAGAGAGAGCAGAGCUGUCAGCCAAGCCUUUAAAGAGUCGAUAUGUUUUUUCCGACGUGGCUGCACCCCCAUCAGAAAGGAAGCAGAAACACAAGGAUUCAUCCCACAAGAAAUCUGGCCGUUCAAGUUCCAGAAGCCUAGAGGACAAGAGAAAAAGUAAGCAGAGGCUGGAAGAGAAAGAAGUUCAUCACUUUACCAAGUCCCCACGAUUUAUUCGCUUUGUCAACUCUCUGGCAGAGAUAUCACUUAGUCAGGCAGUGCUGGAAGGAGCGGAGAUGUUGUCACAGCCCAAUCUGGGCCAAGAAGAAAUCUCUGACGAGGUUUACACUUGGUUUGCGAAUAAAAUUAUCAGUGAAGUAUUUUCUCAUGUCAUAGGAGAAAUAGAAUCUCGAGAGUUUCUUCUGAGCCAAAGCUCGCCUUCUAAUUUGGGUGAAAUUGGUGCAUCAGGGGAUCUGAUGUCUCAAGCUGAAGGCAUGAUUGGAGAUUAUGAGAACCCUCCACUUGGAGCCAGUUCUAGAGAGCCAGCUACAGUGGAAACAGGAACAGCAAGGCCAAAGACUAAAAGUAUUUUACCACAACGGUCAGACACUGCUGCUUCCAGUGCUCGAAUCAUAGCAAGCCAAGGGCUACAGAGAUCCUCAGGGUCAUUAAAAAUGGUCAAGUUUAAAGAAGAAGAUCCCAAGAAGUUAACAGAGCAGCAGGCGACGUUUCAGGCACCUAUUAUCAACAACAUUCCCCUGAGGCGGAGGAGUAGUCUAGAUCUACCAUUGGUACCCCCACCCUCAAGUAGGGCUCCCCUUGACCUCCCGGCUCUUCCAGCUGCUCUGCCCCGAGCCCCUGAGCAGCGAAGGAGAAGUCUGACCGGCGCAGAUCUCUCUGUGAACAUCUACCAGGCAGCAGCUUCCAUAGUAAACCAGGUGUUUCAGAAUAUUUCCGACAGCAUGAUGGAGACACAGGCUCUUAGUCCCGGAUCAUCAUCUUGCUACCAUGGAACCGUGUCAUCGUCUGAUACAGGCGCUCAUUCCACAGGCAGCCGAAUACACAGCCACUACGACAGCUUUACAUCAAACAUCUUCUCUAGUUCUUCCACCAAAGCUUCAGAAAGUCCCAGGCGAGCCCGCCGCUCAGUGUCCCCUAGCAUUGGGGUUUUCUUCCGGAAGCCCAUGAGCCGUGAGACACUGACCAGCGCCUACUUGAAGGUGGACCACUCGCCCCAGAUCAAGAGCUAUGAGCGUCGAAGCAGCGAGCCUUGCCAGACCAGCGUCCAGCUCUCCCUUCAAGCCUUCAACAAUAACAAGUUCAAUGGCCGGGCGUGGGAGGAGAAGAAGAAGAUCUCUAGGACAGACGAUGACAUUGGGCGGGGUAAGACCUGGCGGCGGGGCUCCCUUGACGGGUUCUCGUUUGACCAGAGGAGAAAUUCCUGCGGCUUCAAGGACCCUGUGCUGUCCAGAUUUGCAGAGGAGCUGAUGAAGGCCGACACAUCUGUCCCAGAGUUGGUUAUUGUUGGCUCCCAUGCUAGCUCUUCUUCUACAGGCUCCAGAAGAAGCAGUGUGAGUGCCUUUAGAGACUCCACCUUAGCCAAUUUGGAGAAUGAACUUUUAAACACAAGUUUUACAAGUGGCUGCAGUAUGUCUUCAAGGUCACAAAGACACCUGGACAGGUCACGUAGCCGCGACUCCAGGCAAGGAAAGUCAGACAGCUCGGACACUGAGUACUGGUUCCCACCCCCCAAGUUUGUGGGGGACGAGUUUCAGUUGGAGUAUAACAGGCAACACAGCCAAGAUGAACUUCAGGAUUAUGCCAGUUUCUUUGCUGGACAAGUUGUGCAGGAGGCUGUGUGUGUGCUCCGGUGUGACCCAGAUUACCUAAGCCUGGAGCAGCAGGAUGUGGACAUGUAUGCCGAAAACUUGACAGACCAGAUCAUGCGGGAUGCGCUGGUCUCAUCAGUGCACGGCGGUGUCCAAAGUGAAAAUACUCAUACGGCUAUUCUGUCUGCGGUAUCUGAUCGUAACAGUGAAAAUAGCCACCCGCCCUCCUAUGCUGGACAGGGUGCCAUUCCAAAGGUAAGGUUGGCGAAGCCGUCAUCAUCGUCGAGAGUGACGUCCCAGCCGAGGAGUAUUCCUCAGAGAAAGAGUGACAGACUCACGGAACAUGAAAGCUACCCCAGGCAUACUGAGCUCUCUGUGCAUUCUAGGCUCAAGGCCAACAAGCAGCAAGGGGAGAGAAGAGCCUCCAGUUUUGGCAGCGCAGCCACACCCCAUUCCCAGUCUCAGCGGUACCUUCACCCUGCAUUCAAGCCUGCUUCCUCCUCCCCCCCACAGUGGCCAGGAGGAGCGAGGCCCAAACAGCCCCCGUCCUCAGCCGCUGACAGGUCUUUGCCGUCUUCCCAAAGCAAAAGGCACUCCUCACCAUCUCCCCUGUCCAUGGUUUCAUCUUACCCCAGUCAUUACCAAUCAUCCCUGCAGGUUCCCGCCCGGGUCUCUUAUCGCCGGCAUCUCACUCUGGCCAUGAGAAGCAAGUCCGAGUCUCACACUGGCGGUGCUUACGCUCUAUCUACCGGACAGCCAGAACAAUGCUCUAUGGUAAAUUCAUCUUACAAUAGAAGACAGGUCUCCCCAGCAAGUCACAGCUCGGCUGACGCUGACUCUGAUCAGACCUGCUCCUCUUUAGUGUAUUCCUCUGAUACAUCUUCCGCUUCAUGGUCCUCCAUGGAUAGUAUUGGACCCACUGGCCCAGAUGCUACCUCUGACUUCAGAUCGCCCAGUCCAUUGACUACAAGAGAUAAAAAGAGAGGGCGAUCUCCUCGGGGAUGCGAGGAUUAUUCUAGAAGAAGACAGAGUGAGAGAGUUGCUGGAAGUAAUGUGGCUCGAUUUUCCGAGCAGAUCUCUUGUGAUAUCCUGUCGCACGUCAUGCAGCAUUGCAAGCAAGACAAGUGGAUGAGGUACAUGUCAUACCAUCAGCCCAUAGCAACAGGCAACUGGGGGUGCGGUGCGUACCACGGAAACCCUCAGCUGAAGUUCAUUCUGCAGUGGCUAGCGGCCAGUAUAGCCAGGUCACCCUUGCUCAUGUACUACACAUUCCAAGACAGUCCUAUGACACAGGCUAAGGACAUAGCACAUAUCAUUUCGGGCUUGACUGUCGGACAGCUGGCCAAUCUGUUGCAAGAAUAUUGCUCAAUGGUCUGCCUGCAGUCCCCAGCAUCCUUCUCAAGUCCGGGGAGGCAGUGGUCCCCGUGGCAGCACUCCCAGAAUGCCCAGCCUUCAAUUUCUCUUUUUGACUUCUUGAGACAAAAGUUUGACAGACGAUCGGAUAACAGGUGACCACAGCUUGCUGCUUCCACGUCAAUAAAUGCAGUGCUUGCUCAGUGUAACCUCAAGGUGUAACUAGCCUUGUGGUUUGAUGUCAGCGGAACUUCAGGUAAUCAGCUUAAUUACGCCUGCUCACAGAGACACUUCCAGAAACUUAACUUGAAAGUGAAGGAAUCAAUGUCAAUGGACGUUAUGGUAAUAGAGAAACUUCUUGAAACAUGGGCAUUAAAGUGCUUGACACUUGGAUAAAAUAGAAUUCAACCUGUGGAUAGGUCAUGCUAAAUUAGCAGUGGAUUACUAACUCAUUCCCCAUCUCACCCAACUCCUGCCUGGUAUCCUGUCUUCAGCAAUGAUUCUCAAAAAGUGUUCAAAGAAAGGUGCUAUAUCCAAGGUCGAUGAAGAUUUACACUACAAUCUAGCUUACAAUACUUAUUUGUAAAUCUACUUAAAAAAGUGUUGGAUUUUUGUUGUAUUAAUUUACCAUUGACUUUGCUGUAUAAGAAAGGUUCACUGUUCAAAUCCUCUACUUAAUUUGACCUAAGCAUUACUUAUAAUUAAAUUUGUAAGUCUAGUGUCUAGUUAAGAGUUUAAGGAAGAUUUAAGAAAUAUAAACAUAUUUGGCAUAAAUUAAGCCCCCCCAUUUUUAUUUAAGAACUACCCUAUUUAUAUUUAUUGGGAGAUAUAACGACACAACUUUAGUUUAAAAAACCAAGAAAACAUUAUCAUUCCCUGUCUGAUGCUGCCUAGGAAAUAUUAGGGCCACAGUGCACUUUGAUUAAGUUGGGGUCAUGGCCACUUCAUCAUGAGUUGUAUUGACUGUGAUUGUACUCCUGUGCAGAGGUGAUCAAAUGUAUCAUUUUCCCUAUUUCUGGUGCUUUCAUGUGUCUUUGAUUAAUUUGUGUUGUCUCUCUUUUGUUUAGUGCUAUAUAUUAUUUUAUUUAAAUUUAAGGAACCAAAAAUUUCUCUAUAAUCUUGUGAGAUUAACUUUUGAUUAACCAAAUUCUUUUUUCGGUUUUAAUUCUUUCUGUUCAUUUCUUUUUAUUUUGCUAGAUAUUUUAAAAUGUAAUAAUUGGCGACAAACUUCAUAGAUAUCUUUAAUGAUCUGAAGAAUUUUUUUUUGCAUUGUUUCAUUGAUUGUCUUGC